AUGGGUUUUGCUCAGAAAAUCGCUGCAGCUCAGAACAGCCAGACGAUGGCUAAUAGUGGCACGUACGGAGGGGCACCUCCCUCGGGGUAUACUGGAGGCCCUCCUUCCUCAUUGCAGGCUGGUGGAUCCGUAAGUCACUUCAUCUCUUCGCUUGUUCCGCGACGUCAUUUGAGGGAGAAAAGUGCUAAUUCUUCGCAGAGUCAACAAUCGCAGUACCAGGCUUAUCCAGGAUCCCCAGCCCCUCAGGGAUCGUCUUACAACGCAUCCCCAUCUCCUGCAUCAUAUGGCAGGCCGCCAUCGCAGCAGCCUACGCCUUACCCCGCAUCUCAACCUCAGGCCUAUGGCCGCGCGCCUCCACCCCCACCACAAGGCCAGCCCUAUGCCUCCGCUAGUUCGCCGUAUCCAGGCCAGCGCCCGGGACAGGGUUAUGCUUCUCCUUCCUCGCCUUAUCCAGGACAGCAGCCUCCGCAGUCUCCUUACCCCGGACAGCAGCCCCCCCAGUCGCCCUAUCCUGGUCAACAGCAAGCUCCUCAAGGGCGCCAUCCUACCCUCCUCAGGGAGCUCCUUACCCCGGUGGCCAGGGCCGUGCUGGACCGUCACCUGGACCACCAAGCGGACCACCGCAGGGCCACAACAGAUUGCAGCCUACCGAUCGCUUUUGAUUUCCACGAUCCAAGAGAAGAAUAUCCAAAGUUUCUACCCCCGGAGCGACUGGACCGACUUGUUCAGACACUUGCUGCCGAAGCACCGGGCAAGCUUAACAAGCUGAUCGGCGAAUGGGCGGUGCCCAUGGAGGUUGCGACCGAUGUCAUGAAACUGGCGCUGUAUGAUGUAAUCCUCUACGUCGAUGACAGUGGAUCGAUCGAGUUCGAGGAGAAGGGACUCCGAAAGGAUCAGCUCAGACAGAUUCUUGGUAUCGUGGCUACUGCAGCCUCUACCUUCGAUCAGGAUGGUAUCUCCGUUCGAUUCAUGAACUCCAGCGAACAGGGCGAUGGUAUCCGUGACGCGGAAGAUGUUGAACGUCUUGUCUCCCGUGUCCGUUUCUCUGGACUGACCCCUCUGGGCACUAGCCUCCGGUCCAAGGUUGUUGAACCCAUGAUUGUUCAGCCCGCCCGAGCCAACCGCCUGGAGAAGCCUGUGCUGGUAAUUACCAUCACCGACGGACAGCCAGCUGGUGAGUCUCACGGUACUGUGGGUGAUGUCAUUCGCUACGCAGUGGAGGAGACCACGCGGACCCGUUAUGGCCCCGGUGCCGUGGCAUUCCAGUUCUCGCAGGUGGGCACUGAUUCGCGGGCUCGCGACUUCCUGUCCUCUCUGGACGAGGAUCCCCACAUUGGCCACUUGAUCGACUGCACUUCCAACUUUGAGGUUGAGCAAGAUGAGAUGUCUCGUGCUAAUCCGCCAGUGCAUCUCACCCGUGAGCUUUGGUGUGCCAAACUGAUGCUUGGUGCUAUCGAUUCCUCCUACGACACCAAGGAUGAGCGCGACAACGCACGUCGUGCGGCUCCCCCGCCCUCAUCGGUAGCUCAGUACGGAAGCGGCGGCGGCUACGGCCAGCCUCCCCAAUCCCAAGGUCAAGCCCAGCCUCCAUACGGUGCGCCUCCCGGCGCUCCUCCCAGCCAGUACGGUUCCCAGUCUGGUUAUGCACCACAGGGUGGUCAAUAUGCCCCGCCUGCAGGGCCCCCUCCUGGUCAGGCACCACAAGGUGGUCAAUAUGCCCCGCCUGCAGGACCCCCUCCUGGUCAGGCACCACAAGGUGGUCAAUAUGCCCCGCCGUCAGGGCCCCCUCCUGGUCAGGCCCCGUACCAGGGAUCGGGUAGCUAUGGCCGUCCCCCACCUCAGCAGCCAUACGGGUCUGGAUCUGGAUACCAGCAGCCGCCAUAUGGACAGCAGCCACGCUAUUGA